UAUAACGUCUUCCACGCAUAGAUGCUAAGGCCCGGUUUGUUAUUUAUUGUGGUCGCGGUGCCUUUAACAAUCCCACAAUACGUUGCUAGCUUUACAGGGGAAAAACCCACUAGAUACAAUGUAAACAAAUAAGCUGAGCGGAGUUUCAGAAAGCUUUCAGCAAGCUUUGUUGCUCAGAAAAUCAGUGUUUGUGACUUGGGCAUAAUAACAUAAUAGAGCUCAUAACCAAGACAGUAAUCUAACUGGUUUAGUUGUAGAGUUAGCGUUAGCUCAAAUCGCGAGGGCCCUGGAAGCUAGUCAUAGCUAGCUAGCUAACGUAGCCUAGCGAUUUCUAUUUCUAUUAACGCUAGCUAGCUAAUAAGAAACCCAAAUAUGGUGAUCUUAGCUAAAUAUACAGUAACCGGAGAUAACGCUAAAAUAUAACGUUGAGCUGUUUGCAAGAAGUAGCGAUAACUUAGAAUAGUGUAAUUAUAGAUAAAGCACUUGCUAGCGAGUAGGCUAAGUUAAUUAUUACCAUGAUGACUCGAAAGAGGAAGUUACUUUCAAAUGCAAAAGUUUGCGAUCAAUUAAAUUUUGUGCCCGAGCAAUUACAGCACCGUACAACACAUCUGGAGGGAGGACACAGAGACGAGGGCAAAGACCAAGAAGGCAUCCGCAGUCAGUACUUUCCAAUUAAUGAUGAAAAUAGGGCCAGGUUAAGAUUCGACUUCUUUAACCAGCCCUGUGUUGAUUUAGCUAAAGCUUUUAUCGGCAAGGUGCUGGUCCGGAGGCACUCCAAUGGCACAGAGCUGAGAGGCAGAGUAGUGGAGACGGAGGCAUAUCUUGGUGGCGAGGACAAGGCGUCACACUCGGCCGGCGGGAAGCGCACGGAGAGGAAUGUGGCCAUGUUCAUGAAGCCUGGCACCAUCUACGUCUACCCUAUUUAUGGCAUCUACCUGUGCAUGAAUGUCUCCAGCCAAGGGGAGGGGGCGGCGGUCCUUUUGCGCUCGUUGGAGCCCCUCAAUGGGCAGGACACCAUGCGGAGGCUGCGGGCGGCAAGACGCAGGGAGGGCGCCAGGGUCCUGAAGGACAAAGAGCUGUGCAACGGGCCCUCCAAACUAUGCCAGGCCCUGGACGUGCAGCGCUGCUUCGACCGUAGGGACCUAGGCACAGACACUGAGGUGUGGCUGGAACGGGAUCCCAGUGGCAGUACCGGAGAGGUGGUGUCGGCCCCCCGGAUUGGUGUUGAGUCCCAUGGAGAGUGGGCCACCAAACCACUGCGUUUCUACCUGCUUGGCCACCCUUGCGUGAGCAUCAUGGACAGGCAGGCAGAAAGCAAGCAGGGACUAGCCGCCAAGUUGGAAGGACAGCCAGCCACAAUCCUGCACUCUUCCUGACAUUCUCCAUGUGCAACUCAUUCUGUUUGCAUAAUCAGAGCAACUCACUUUCACAGAGGCUUUACUGUGGAAGCCAGAAAGGAUGUGUAUUUCCUAAUAAACAUCUGUGUCUGAA